AUGGACUCCCAUCCCUUGACCCCCUCUCUUUUUUCAGAUGAGAUUAUCAAAUACCACCUCGGCCUCCUGGACUCCCAUACCGGCCAGAGCGAGAAGCAGAGCCAAAUCGACGAAGCCGCUCUCGCCCCCAUCAUCGCAAGCUCGGCGCUGCGCCGGAUCCAAGAGAACGACCACAGCCGCUCAGGUGCAAACACAGGGGAAUCUGCUGCGGGCACCACAAGUCUCCAAUACGGCCUCCUCGCAGGAUCGAAACAGGAAAUCCACUCCGUUCAGAUCCAGCAAACAGUCAGCUCCUCCAAUGCCGGCAGCGAUGGCGGUAGCUCAACUGCAACCCUCGCUCCCACUAGCAUCGAUGCCGACACCGAUCCGCGACUCCUCUUCAAUAUCUCCGCCCCGUCAAGCACAUUCAUCUGCGGGUCGCAGGGCUCGGGGAAAAGUCAUACGCUCUCGUGCAUGCUUGAGUCAUGCCUGAUUCCGUCAAAGCUAGGUCGCCUGACGAGCCCACUUACGGGCGUGGUGUUCCAUUAUGACACGUUUAUAUCGGAUGCGUGCGGCUCGCCGUGCGAGGCUGCUUAUCUGGCUUCGAAUGGGAGUGUGAAAGUGAAAGUACUGUGUGCGCCGACAAAUGCUGCGGCGAUCAAGAAAACGUACCAACACCUCAACGUCACCGUGGAGCCCCUCGCAAUCGAUCAGAGCCACCUGAACACAAAGCGCAUGAUGGAUCUCAUGGCGGUGAAUUCCGACGACGUGCCGCUGUACAUGGAAUCAGUGAAGCGCAUUCUGCGUGAGAUGCGGAUGGUUCAGCAGAAUGUUGACGGAGGGUUUGACUACGCUGAUUUCAAGAAGAGAGUGAAUGGCUGCGGACUUACACCUGCGCAGAUGGGGCCGCUACAGCAGCGAUUGGAGACGCUCGAGAGUUUCAUGCCAGGAAGCCAGACCAAUAUUUGGGGGGUGGGGAGAUCGAAUGCCGAGGCGAGAAAAGGAACGGAUUGGAGGCCUGUGCCAGGACAGCUGACGAUUGUCGACCUCUCCUGUCCUUGCGUGUCCCCCGAAACAGCAUGCGGAUUGUUCAACAUUUGCUUAGGUAUAUUCCUGCAGCAGGAUGCCAAUGUCGGGCGGGUAUUUGCCCUAGAUGAAGCACAUAAGUAUAUGAACGCCUCACCCGAAGCCACCGUCUUCACAGAAACGAUUCUCUCGGCGGUACGCCUUCAACGCCAUUUAGGCGUUCGCAUCAUCGUUUCGACGCAAGAACCGACAAUUUCAACUGCACUGCUCAAUCUCUGCUCUGUGACAAUCGUUCAUCGGUUCACUUCACCAGAAUGGCUGAGGGCUUUGCGACAUCAUUUGGCUGCUGCAGCCGAGGAACAUGGAACUUCCAGAAAGAAUAGGGCUAUUUCAACAAAUGGUUCCGGCGAGGCUGGAUCGCAAGAAGAUGGAAGGAGGACAGGUACACUGUUUGACCAGAUUGUGAGGCUAAAAGUCGGUGAGGCGUUACUAUUUGCGCCGAGUGCUGUCGUUGGUGUCUAUAAAGAGCAGGAUAGAGGCCUCGCGCUUGAGCGACUUGGAGACGAUUACUUGGCGAUUAGGGUUAGAGGACGGCUGACCGAGGAUGGGGGAAGAAGUGUGCUUUCGCUGUGA